UGCUUCCUUUAGUGAGUUGUCUGGUUUGUGUCUGCAGCGGCGUAUGUGGAGAACACUACUGUGGUAGAGGAGCCUACUGUGGAGGCGAGAGCAGAGCCCGAGUCUGUGUUUAUAGAUGAGGAAAAGAUGGACAAAGCCCUGUAUCUGCUCCAGAACAUAGACCCGUCCUGCAAGGAACCUGACAGCCAGGAACUGGUCCAGCUAGAAGGUGCCUGUGAGCAGAUGAACCCACUGAUCGAUGAAAAACUGGAAGAGAUUGACAGCAAGCACUCUGAGCUGUCGGAGCUCAAUGUGAAGGUCUUGGAGGCGUUGGAGCUCUACAAUCAGCUGAUGAACGAGGUGCCCAUGUACUCGCCCUACUCUAAGCUGCAGGCCCACCAGCAACCUCACUACCAGCCCUCAGUCCCCAUGCAGGGGUACCCAGGGCAGUUACCAGGCGGCUACAUGCCCGCUGCGGGACCCCAGGGCCCACCUGGAGGACAGGGCUAUAGCAUGGGUCCAGACCAGCCUGCUCCCCUCUGCUCCCUCCCCCCUACAGUCAGCAGCCCUACCAACGGCCAGCCUGGACCUCAGCCCCAGUACAUCAGCAGUCACAUGAAUCCCCCCCCGUAUAUGAAUCAAGCUCCCGGAGGCCCUUACCCACCGCAAGCGGGCAUGGACUUAUCCUAUCAGAACGCUAGCCACGGCAUGCCAGGGCCCUCCUACCCCCUGGCAGCUCCCACCCACCCCGGCUCCCAGCCACAGCAAGCGGCCUUCUACCAGCAGCCGCUCUUGUAAGGCUGCGCAAUAAACCUCAGACUUCACCCCGUGCAUAUCCUUGUCCAGGGCAGACGCACCUCCGUAAAUUAGGAUGAAUGUAUAGUCUCUGGUCUCCACUUGGGUCUCUGCUUUCCUUUUCCCGAUCAUGGUUGUGAUGACGAGGCUUUUUGAAGGUGAUGGGAGUCCGGGUUUAGAGGAGGAAGAAGUCAGUAGUGGCACGGCUGUCAGUCGAAAGUGUCCAGGCUCAAUGUUUUCUCCACUGGCUAAAUCCAAAAGGAAACUCUUGAAAUGGACUGCUUGCUAGUUAGUUACUUAGCGCAGUCUCAAUCACUUGAUUCAAUUUUUUGUGAACAUUCCAGUGUCAUAUUCAGCGUUAAAAAAAACGAAUGCUGGUCAAUGAGAGUGUGCGAGCUAAUGUAGCUAACAGUCCCUUUAGGUGUUUAGAAAAAUAACAGGAGAAAAGAUUGUGCUGAAUCAUUAUCGACCAGCUGUGCCCCCAUAGCCCCCACCCCCCCCCCUCGAAACGUGGCGUCUGGGGUUUAAAAGGGGGGGGGGGGGGUCAGGGAGCUGGGGGAGGCAGGCGCUGCUACGACAACCGGUUGACUGCAUCCUCUGCAAGGUUAGACUAGUGGGUUUUUGCUUCUCUUCUCUGUUCUGAUCUCUCAGCUGAAGCAAACAAGGGCGGAUGAUUGGUGAUUGACCUCUUGUUUUUUAUUAUUAUUAUUAUUAUUUUAAUCGUUUUGAAAAGGUUUAUUUAAAUAUUGUUACUCUAUACAGCUAUGUCUCGGAAAUGAAUGUCCUGUUCCUUUGUUUGUCCUCUUUGCUUUAAUGUAGAUGAAGCUCUUCCUUUUGUUCAGAUUUAUUUGAUUUCUUUUUAUUUGCAGUUCACACUUUUUGACCAUUCUUUUGAUUUCUCGGAGUUCAAACAAAGCAUUUUGUUUGAAUAUAAACAACUAAUAUUUCCUAUCGCUACCCAGGUCUGUGACCCAUCACCAAAAUAUUUGUUUCAUUUUUUUGUAUUUUUUUUUUUUUUUUCAAUGACUUCAGGUGGCAGUGUCUCUGGUCAUUUUCCACCAAAGUGUACUUUUCUUUUCCUGUCAGUAAAAGAACAUUUGACCUUGGUUUAAAUGAAUCCAAUAUGUAAUACUCACUAAUUCCCUCGGCCCAUUGAGCUCCAUUUUCUAAUCAGUCACAUUGACAUGACGGAUUUCUUCCAUUUAAUCCUUUUAGCUGUUGCUCUUAUGGGGACUGUAAAGGGAGUUGCCCAGAGGGGGAGAAGAGGCCUGUUGGGGUCCAUGUAAGAGACAUAUAAACGGGAACUCCUAAUCUCACGGCUCGCAAUCAACUGUGCCAACGCACUUGGCAUCCAGGGAAGGUUCCAGAAGCAAUUCAUGUCUGUUCUGAGGGGUUAGUUGUCAUGCAUGUAGGCAAGACCACAGAGACUUAUCUAUGUGUGUGAUUCUCGUGUGCUAUGUGGUGUUCCUUUGAUGCAAAGUGUGGUUUUGAGCACAAUCCAACAUCAAAGAUAAUCUGCUAGGUUCCCUCUGAUAGGACUUUUGGAAGUAUGAUCGGUGGUCCGUGAGGUUUCGCUGAGCUUCAGUGAUGUCUUGUGUAUCAUAACAUGUAUUUUAUCUGGUUUGUUCUUCCUGGUUUUUUUUCGUCUUUUCAUCUAUGUAAUAUAUAUAAACCCGUACCUAGGUUUGGGUUUUUAUUUCAACAUUGUCACAUUGCAACACAGCAACCACAUCAUGAAGUCAACUAGUGUAAAUUAAAACCAGUAGUUCAGAUUCAUAGGUUAAAAUCAGGAGUGCAUCAAGUGCACUAUUUCAGGGGUGCUACUUCUGUUACAAGUGGGUCAAACGGAUUUGUUGAUAGUAUUUUUUUUUUUUCCCUAUGAUUUCAUGGAUAUAUUUUAGGACCAGACACAUUUUGGGAGUGACACAUUUUCUUCAGUCCAGCUAGAUACACUUAUAUUAUGAUAAACGAACGAAGAACCAUCUUUAUUUUCUUAACCUGCCUCUUUGCAAGGUGUUGUAUAAUAGAUGUAAAAUAUCUGGGAUUAUCUUUAUUGCACCUUAACUUUAUAAAUAAUAAUUUACCACGGAAUGCCUUGUUUUCAUGAUGGAUGGAGUGAGACAGAGACUAAUUCAAAAGAAUUCACUCUGGAAGCUGCUGUAAACCAGUAAUUCUAUACUAUAUAUAUAAAAAAAUAAAAUGUGUUGAGGGGGUCCAGUCCAUUUAAAGCAAGAUAACUUUUGUAAUAUUAUUCUUCCUCUAUUUCCUGCAUUUGUCAUUUUUAAAGUUAGUUUUGUAACACAACUUGCGCUUUCAAAAUAAAAGGAAAGAUGGCAUGUGUUUCAAA